GAGCUGUGUCUAUGAUUGAGAUGCCUAGUCCCACAUGCUACAACUCAUGAGUAGGAGGACAGCUCCGUGAGUGCGGGCCGUGGAAAUGGGGGGUCCACUCUGCCUCAAUAUCUCUAUUCCUCCACCUUCCCUCAUCCCCAUCCCCGAGCUUCCCGCCGCCAUAUAAUCCCGAACUGUCCCGGCCGAGGAUCGGUGUCUUGUUUGUCCCCAUUCCCCCUAGGAUCCAGCUCGCGCUUUCUCGCUCCUUUCCCUCAACCAUCUUAAGAAUAUUUCACCUCUGCAUUUCCAGUGGAAUGCCACCUUACUGUCUUCAAGAUUGUCACUACUUCUACCGCACAGCUCUACGCGGCCUGAACAUCAGCACCUCCGUCUCGCCUCUCUACGCUUGAAUCCAGAUCAGCCCAACUGACAAGAAAUGCCUACACAAGUCCGUCACUUCGCCACACCAAGAGCUCUUGGUGAGACUCUCACCCUUCCACUUGAGCCGGCUGAGUCGAAACCUCAGUCACCGCCACCUGAAACUCCUCGCACCAUCGCAGACCUUCCAGUGAUUCCAAAGCCGAGAAGAAACACAGUGCUCAAGGCUCGCAACUACGACAUGGGUCCCUUUCGUGAGGAGAAGACCAAGGGAGGAGUCACGUACGCUCAUCAGGACGAGUUACCCAAGCUGCCCAUCCCAGCCCUCGAGCAGACCUGCCAGAGAUAUCUCUCUUCUCUCAAGCCGCUUCAGGGCCCAAGGGAACACCAAGAUACCAGGAAUGCCGUUCAAGAGUUCCUCAACAAUGAAGGACCAGAACUGGACGCAAAGUUGAGGGCGUACGCGGAGGGGAAGACCAGUUAUAUUGAGCAGUUCUGGUAUGAUUCAUAUCUGAACUUCGAUAAUCCGGUCGUUCUCAACCUCAACCCCUUCUUCCUGCUCGAGGAUGACCCUACACCAGCCCGCAACAAUCAAGUGACGCGCGCUGCGUCUCUGAUUGUGUCGGCGUUGGAGUUUGUUCGAGCUGUCCGCAAGGAGGAGCUCCCACCAGACACCGUCAAGGGGACGCCCCUGUGCAUGCACCAGUAUUCACGGCUCUUCGGCACCGCCAGAGUGCCCACUGAGGAUGGGUGCCAGAUUGAGCAGGAUCCCGACUCCAAGCAUCUCAUUGUCAUGUGCCAUGGCCAAUUUUAUUGGUUCGAUGUCUUGGAUGACAACUCUGACGUGAUCAUGACGGAGAAGGAUAUCGCCAUCAAUCUCCAGACUAUUGUGGACGAUGCGGCACAGAUCCCCAUUCAAGAGGCCGCGAAGGGCGCCCUCGGUGUCCUCAGCACCGAGAACCGCAAGGUCUGGUCUGGUUUGAGGGAUGUCAUCACCAGAGAACCAGGUUCCAACAAUGCCGACUGCCUCAGCAUCAUCGACACAGCUCUCUUCGUGGUCUGCCUGGACUACACAGAGCCUGCCGAUGCUGCCGCCCUCUGCCAGAACAUGCUUUGCGGCACCAGCGAGAUCGAGAAGGGUGUCCAGAUUGGCACCUGCACCAACAGGUGGUACGACAAGCUGCAGAUCAUCGUCUGCAAGAACGGCAGUGCCGGCAUCAACUUUGAGCACACUGGUGUCGACGGUCACACGGUUCUUCGCUUUGCCAGUGAUAUCUACACCGACACCAUCCUCCGCUUUGCUCGGACCAUCAACGGCAAGGCACCAGCCCUCUGGUCAUCCACCAGCCCCGACCCCUCGAAGCGUGACCCUGAGAGCUUUGGCGAUGUCAGCACCACACCUCACAAGCUCGAAUGGGACAUGAUCCCUGAACUUCGCAUCGCUGUCCGCUUUGCCGAGACCAGACUCGCCGAUCUCAUCGAACAGAACGAGUUUGAGUGCCUGGAUUUUGCCGCCUAUGGCAAGAACUUCAUUACCAGCAUGGGCUUCUCUCCCGAUGCUUUUGUCCAGAUGGCCUUCCAAGCCGCUUACUACGGUCUCUAUGGCAGAGUGGAGUGCACGUACGAGCCAGCCAUGACCAAGACCUUCCUUCAUGGCCGCACUGAAGCCAUUCGCACUGUUUCGGAAGAAGCCGUCAACUUUGUCCAGACCUUCUGGGCUGACAACCCGGCCGAGAACAAGAUUGAGGCUCUCAGGCAGGCCUGCCAACGUCACACAGCCAACACCCGCGACUGCUCCAAAGCCCAAGGUUGUGAUCGUCAUUUGUACGCCCUGUUUUGUCUCUGGCAGCGCAUGGUUGACGAUGACUUUGGCUCCAAUGGCGAUAGCACCAACGGGUACUCUUCUCCGGUAGAUGGCAUGUCUGAUAUCAGCUCUUCCCACGGCAGAGCGGCCGAGUACCUUAUCGACAAUGGCACCACCCCCUCGUCUGCGGUCCAUGCCCCCCCUGCGGCUACCACCAACACCAACGGGACCAAUGGCACGACCAACGGUGACGACGCCAACAGCAGCGUCAUCCGCAACAGGACCAAUUCCGCCUCAUCUAGACACUCCUCCCGUUCUCGCUCGCCUAAUGGAUCAUCUCAUCAACUGCCCCUCAUUUUUGCUGACUCGGGUUGGGACAAGCUCAACACCACCAUCCUCUCCACCUCCAACUGCGGCAACCCAUCCCUGCGACACUUUGGCUUCGGCCCCGUGUCGGGAGAUGGCUUCGGGAUAGGCUAUAUCAUUAAAGACGAGACCAUCUCUAUUUGUGUCUCCUCCCGCCAUCGCCAAACCAAGCGUUUCGUCGAUACCCUUGAGUCCUACCUCUUGGAGAUCCGCCGGAUCCUGCGGUUGACCGCAGCCCAGAGAAAUGGAGGGGCGGGGGUUGCCAGCAAGCAGAGCAGAGCCAGGGAGGUGGAUGAGAUGAAGGCCAAGCCGAAACUUACACACAAAGAUUCCGCCACUGCGAAGGCCAAACUCCGGGGACGACUUAUCACCGGCGGCAGUGAUCUGGGGAGGAAGGGAGGGUUCAGUGUGAAUGGGAGCGUGAGUCCGACGGAGGAUAGCCUGUUGGGGAUGAGUGAGGAUGAUGAGUUGGGCGGUUAUGGCUUCUUUGACGCGGGGAUGCUGCUUCAGGCGCUCAAGGCGAGGGGGGAGAGCUACGAGGGUGGGGAGACGAAAGCGAGUGAACGGGCGACGCAGCAGGCCAAGAGACGGACGGAGAUUGGGAAACGGUUGAGGUUGGUUGAUUAUUGAGCUUGGCUAUUGUGAUGGGAGGGGCGGAGGUUGGAAAUAUGUCAUCGAGCGGGAUGGAUUGAUUGUGAAUGCCUGGGUUUUCAACAACUUUUUCGAGCAGAUUGAUGGAUGGGGAAUGUUUUUGUUUGUUUAGCGUGCAACAAGAUACCAAAUUCUACAAUAGGUUGGAAAUGAGCAACACACCAGGGGAAAAGGUUUUGUCUGGUUAUGUCUGCUUGGGUUGGCAAUACUAUCAGAUCAAAGGGUUCAAUUUUCUCGUUGGUCUGUUAAUGUUUGUUCCCAUUAGGCUAGGAAUGUUGCCGUUCAACAGAUCUGAUCUUGAUGAUACCAUAACAAGUGUGCUCCCCUUCUCUUGAAUCCGGGGCUUUCAGUAGUAAUGUUCGGC